GUUAGUGGUAUUUAGUUAGACUAUUUGAAAUUGACAGAAAAUAUAUCUUUAGGCAAACAGUCAAGGUCCACGCUAUUCAAUCGUUUAGUAUCGGCAGACUUACACUCUCAACGUUAAAGGAUGUUCCCCAAAGGCAUACAAUUCGCUAAUAAACCUUGGAAGUGUGCAGUUGAACUACUUCAUCAGAUACUUAAUCACCACCCCACUAUCAUUUCUUUAAGUGGUGUUCAUGAUAUACCGAGUCUGACAAAGUUAUGGGAAGGUUUUAUCACGGAUGUGAAACUUAGAAUGGUACAACCGUCGACCGCGUACAAAUUGAUGCGGGAAUUUUUAGAUACAAAUUUUGUCGAGGCAAACAUUGACUUUCAUACCUGUUUAUCCUCCCUCUUAUCAGCAAAUUUAUUCAUACGAUAUAAUGAAUUGGACACGUAUACUCUGGGAUUAUUAAUUUCUACUAUCAAGGAAAAGUGUGAUCAUUUUGUAGCUCGACGGCUUUUCUCGCAUUUUUAUGAACCUAUCCUAUCUUUAAAAUUAAAUAUUUCAGAGGACGGCACAUAUUCGAUUUCUCAAAUGGAACUUAUUAAUCGACUUGAACAGUUAACUAACUAUUGGGUAACAUAUUUAUCUAGCGAAUUUCCCUGUAAUAUAUCCAAAUUCGAUCCAGCUCACUUUUUAUUCGAUUGGAUUAGAUUGGCAUAUUGUUUAACUGUUAGUGGCAUAGUUCAUAAGAGGAUGAAUUACUUCAAUGUUGGCGUGCAGUUUUUAGUUGUAAUAAAAUCAAAGAAUGUGCAACAAUAUGACAGUUUUAUAAAAUAUCUUAUUGACGAAUUAUGGAAUUCAUUGGCAAGUUUAUAUCUCCGAGCAACAGAUCUUUCCUCAAAAUCACCUUUAUCUGGUAGUGAGGAUUCGUCCAAUUCUGCAAAAAUUAGCUCUUAUAUUCAAGGUUCUGCAGAUCAAGAUCUUGUUGACUCUUAUUAUCAGGAAUUCGGCAUACUUUUAAAACUCUCUCGUUUAACUUCUAAUUUAAAUUGUUCAACCAAACUUGUGAUCGACGAUCAAACUCUUGAUAAGCUGACUUGUCUCAUUUUUGACCGUCUAGCAACUCUCUGUUUUUAUCAAAGUGAUAUCACUGUGUACAACCAUCCAUUCGUCUACCAUGCUUUAUUCAGCGAAGAACAAUCAGUAUCUGUAAAUAAUUGGUCCGAGUUUUUGUUGAAGCCUUUGGCAAAUUUUACAUAAAGAUCACUACUUUUCUUUCUUGUUUUAUUAAUUGUAUAUAUAUUUGAAGUGAUACUAGUUUGUUACACGAGUUCAUUUAUUUCAUAUGCGGUGGCGCUUCCAGUGUCUGUUAACCAUUUGCCAAGGUUAGAAGUGAGUAUAUGUAUAACGGGUAAUUUGAAAAGUAUAUUUAUUCUCAUUUGUAUGAUUGAUAAAUUGGAACAAUAGUUCAGGGCUUAAGGUGUCCGGCUUUUAGCUACUAAGUAGCAGUUCUGAACUUCACUCUUCGCACUUCAUUUUGGGCAACCGUUUAGUAUCACUAGCCCUAACACUUAAAGUAUGACUCUAAUUCAAUUACAUGAAUCUAAAUAAAACAGUUGCUGCUUUCAUCAAGUGUUGGAGUAUGUUACGGGAAUUACCAAUUUGAUAGUUCCAUAUAGUGAAAUGUAGUAUUCUGCUUACUACCAUGCAUAACCUGUGCUGUUUAGGGUUUUUUUGCGCACAAUCUCGAAGGUUUAAAAAAGAUCAAGUUCAAUGCAAUUGUUUAAACAUUAAUAAAGUGACUGCAUAAAAAGUAAGACAUUUAUGUUACUAACAUCGUC